AUGAAACUAGAUGCGCUCCACCAAUCCCCUGCAGAACCAGUAGCGCUCCACCAAUCCCCUGCAGAACCAGUAGCGCUCCACCAAUCUCCUGCAGAACCAGUAGCGCUCCACCAAUCCCCUGCAGAACCAGUAGCGCUCCACCAAUCCCCUGCAGAACCAGUAGCGCUCCACCAAUCCCCUGCAGAACCAGUAGCGCUCCACCAAUCCCCUGCAGAACCAGUAGCGCUCCACCAAUCCCCUGCAGAACCAGUAGCGCUCCACCAAUCUCCUGCAGAACCAGUAGCGCUCCACCAAUCCCCUGCAGAACCAGUAGCGCUCCACCAAUCCCCUGCAGAACUAGAUGCGCUCCACCAAUCACCUGCAGAACCAGUAGCGCUCCACCAAUCCCCUGCAGAACCAGUAGCGCUCCACCAAUCUCCUGCAGAACCAGUAGCGCUCCACCAAUCUCCUGCAGAACUAGAUGCGCUCCACCAAUCACCUGCAGAACCAGUAGCACUCCACCAAUCACCUGCAGAACCAGUAGCGCUCCACCAAUCACGAUGCACAUUUAGGAGUGUGAGGCGAGGCACCGAACUUCAUCUUUGCAAUUGCUCAGUGUGCAUCAUUCUGGCAACUCAUUUGGCUCCAUUAAUUAACAAUAUUAACCCCCCUAAAAACAAAAAGCCGCUAACACCCUCUCAACCAACUAAGCAGACUUUGAACCUGAUCACCGCAGAGAAUGACAUUCUCCUUCACACCGUAAAGUUCACUGUUCUUAAAAUACCUCAUCUGGUCUGUUGA